AGGACCUAGCGUCACACACACGAAAUGCCUUCUACUUGUAACUUGUAGCUAACGACUGGACUGUAAAGGCACAUACAAUGGACUGUAACAGCAGCUAGCUAGUUGUACCUUAACCCACCAUGUAAGCGGACUUGUCGGGGGCUAUCAGUUGACUCGUGACCGACCGCUGUAGGACGGUACAGGAGGAGCCAGCAGCCCUCCGAACAACGACACGAGAAGACGCACCAAGACUGAGGGUUACAUCCGAGCACCCACCUCCCAGCGCAGCGCAGAAGUCAGUGCUCGCAGCCCGGUUUGGCUACACCGUUUUUUAACCGUUUGACGCCCCCAUAUGCCGGCGCCUACGCCCGUCUCAACACCCUGAAGGCGGAGAGAGACGGAGGGAGGGAGCCAACGGCAGCUCCGGGGUCCCCGACACUCAGCCGAGGAGAGGCAUCGCUGAAAUGAGAUGAGGCUCAGAAAUGGAACUGUGGCCACUGCGAUCAUUUUCUUCACGUCUUUCCUCAGCCUGUCCUGGUACACAGCUUGGCAGAAUGGCAAAGAGAAGCUGAUAGCAUACCAGCGGGAGUUCCAUGCCUUGAAAGAGCGCCUUCGAGUGGCCGAGCACAGGACGCUGCAGCGUUCGUCUGAGCUCAACAACAUCCUCGAGCAGUUCAGACGCGCCAUCGCUGAGACAAACAGCAGCAAAGAUGCUCUCACAAACUUUUCAGAUGAGACACAGAAACUACUGAAGGAGCUCGCAAAUAGGAAACCUCUCCAGGUGCCAAAUAUCUACCACCACCUGCCUCAUCUACUCAACAAUGAGGGCAGCCUGCACCCCGCCGUGCAGGUUGGUCUCGGCCGCACAGGAGUUACCAUGGUGAUGGGGAUCCCCACGGUGAAGCGGAAGGUGAAGUCUUAUCUUUCAGAGACGCUGCGUUCGCUAAUAGACAAGCUGUCACCGGAGGAGAAACUUGACUGUGUCAUUAUUGUCUUCGUUGGGGAGACUGAUGUGGACUACGUUCACAGCGUGGUUGCUGGCCUGGAGAAAGAGUUUUCUACAGAGCUGAGUUCAGGCUUGCUGGAGGUGAUAUCCCCGCCGGCUGCCUAUUACCCCGACCUCACCAACCUCAAAGAGACUUUCGGAGACUCCAAAGAGAGAGUCAGAUGGCGAACCAAGCAGAAUCUGGACUACUCCUUCCUCAUGAUGUAUGCUGUGAGCAAGGGAGUUUACUACGUCCAGCUGGAGGACGACAUUGUGGCCAAGCCCAACUACUUUGCCACAAUGAAGAACUUUGCCCUGCAGCUCUCGUCAGAGGACUGGAUGAUCCUGGAGUUCUCUCAGCUGGGCUUCAUUGGAAAAAUGUUCCAGGCUCCAGACCUGAACCUCAUCGUUGAGUUCAUCUUCAUGUUCUACAAGGAGAAGCCCAUCGACUGGCUGCUGGACCAUAUUCUCUGGGUCAAAGUCUGCAAUCCGGAGAAAGAUGCGAAACACUGCGAGCGGCAGAAGUCCAGCCUACGUGUGCGGUUCAGACCCUCCCUGUUUCAACACGUAGGACUCCAUUCUUCUCUUGCUGGAAAGAUCCAAAAGCUCACAGACAAGGACUUCCUGAAGCCACUGCUCCACAAGAUGCAUGUCAACCCCCCGGCUGAGGUUUCCACUUCUGUGAAGGUAUAUCAGGGUCACACGCUUGAGAAGACGUACCUGGGAGAGGACUUCUUCUGGGCCAUCACGCCUACUGCAGGAGACUACAUCCUCUUCAAAUUUGACCGACCUGUUAGCAUAGAGAAGUUCCUGUUUCGCAGCGGUAACCAAGAGCACCCAGGGGACAAGAUCGAGAACACCACAGUGGAAAUACUGCCUGUUUCGGAGCCUGGACUGCCGACCAAAGAGAAGUACAAACGGACUGAAGACCGCUUUUACAGGAUUGGUCAGUUUGAGAAGGGUGUGGCAGAGGGAGCUGUGGACCCUGCCUUCAAUCCUAUCAUGGCACUUCGACUUACUGUUCUCAAAGACUCAGCAGUGUGGGCCAUCCUCAGUGAAAUCCAUAUAAAGAGGAUAGCCGGCUGACUGCUCUGGAGCGGGCACAUGAAUCAUGGCCCCUGGGGGACCAAAUCUCCUAGACUGCUUACGCAGGGCCUCUGGCACCUAGCAACCAGCAGUGAAGUCAUUAGAGCCCACUAGAGUUGCUCGUCUGAGCUUGUCCGAGGAACGCCACCUCUCUGUCCCCCGCUCUUUCCCUAAUGUACUUUGUUUUGCUUCUCAUCGAUCGAUUUCUCCAUUUCUUUCUGCAUCCCUCCCCUCACUCUUGUGCUCUUAAUUCAUUUGUGAGAAUGUGAAUACUACUGUCCUAAAGAACAACAGCGGAGUGUGUGAAGACAUCCGUUCCCAGCUCUGGCUCUCAAAGUGACUGUGUUUGCUCAGCAGCUUUGAACCCAAUCAGAAACCGCUCGGACGAAGGAGGACAAAUCAUCACAUCUGGGGGAGAACCAGUCACCUGGCCACUGGUGUAGAUGCUGCCAAAUCCUCCUCUGUUACUCAAUGCUGCCACCUUCGGGCACGCUGGGGCAUUGCACUGUCACUAGCGCCUCAGCAGAAGCCCACGAUGAUCAAGAAUGUUGUCAUCACUAGUGGCCAGUUGCCCUCGUUCUCGACAGAGAUGACGGAGCUCUAGAUCAACACCAGCCCAAGCAACAAUGUUUCCCUCAGUCCCAGAGUAUUGUCAGCCACUCUCGAAUACUCCACUCCUCCUGAAACACAAACUCAGGAUGAGCUUCCAAAAUCCUGCCUGUAGCCAGUCAGUGACAACGUUGACCAUACUGUAGGCCAGAUUUCGUGGUAACUACCCCAAUCCAUCAAGAAAAUAAGUACCAUGACACCAUAUCUAUCUCACCUCGUGUCUGACAGGCCGUGUAUGACCUCAGUGUCCAUUUAUAGUAAACCAAUCAGACAUUGCCUUGGCAUCAUUUUCCCGAAGGAAUAUAUUGUUAUAUUGAUAUAUUAUUACAGCUAUGACGAUCUAUGAAGGUGACUUAAUUUAUUUGAAAUAAAUCUUUAAUUUGUACAAGAGGUAAAAUAUAUUUUUAUUCUAUUAAGAGAUGUUUAUGGUAGUUCAGAGUCUGUUUUAUUUGUGUACUGUUUUGUUUUUCUAAAUUGCUAUUGUACAUUUUCUGUUCGUUUUUACAGCUGCUCGUGAAGUUGGUGUGAGCAGCUUGGUUCAGUCUGUACCGGUUUCUUUUCACUUGAAACGUUAUAACUAAAACUAUUAAUUUACUUCUUACAAACUGAAUGGUAGGAGAGUUGUGAAUAGAUUCUGUUGACGUAGUUGUGGGUCAAAAUUGGAGAAAUUGUGCCUUAUAUCCAGGUCCCUUGAAAUUGUCUCAGCAACAUUAUUCCAAUCUCUCACUCUUGCCUACACUUUGAUUGCUGGAUAAACUAACAUUUUUAAAAUGACACACACAGUCCAAUUAGUGAUUGGAUGUUUAGAACAAUAUCUGUGUAGAUUGGUAAAAGAAGAGAGACGGGGGAUUUGUACCAGGUUACCAUCUGAAAACAGCGUGAUUUGCACUGCUUUUUCACUAUUUUUUUUGUUACCAUCACACCCUUCACCAUUGUACUUAAAUUUCCCAUCUUCCCACGCUAGAUGCUCAUUUUCACUGACUCCUCCAAAUCUACGUAAUGAUCCAUUUUGUCCAAGUAUCUGUUUUCCCACUGGACAGAAUAUUAUGACUACUGAUCACUGCAGAGUGCGCCUUUUGUUGUAUGAUUUGGCUGAGGUUGUGUAGUACUUUCACUGAUUGUAAAUAUAUAUAUAAAAAAAAAAAAGCAAUGAACAUUAUCUCUUUCUUUCCCUCACUCUUUCUAUCUGUCCUGCCUCAUUUAAUAGUUUGUUAAAAUUCACUUGACAUGUUUUGAGUUUGUGUGUGUGGCCAAUGUUCUGAGUGGAAGCUAUUUUUGAUUCACUCAUUUUACAUCUUGGUGGUUUAGUCACGGGGGUAGUGAAGUGCCUUUUGGUGGAAUUGACAUGAAGAUGGGGCAUUUUGCUAAUCUUGUUGAAGUGCAUGGUUAUUAUUUGUAAUUUAUAAACAGUGUAUUUGGUCAGAGCAGGCUCCUCCACCCCCUGAUCAAACCAUCUCGCUAAAGCUGUACUCGAGAAAGAUGAAGUAGCUUGUUCGUCGCCUGUUCAUCAGAUUAUUAUUUUUGUUAUUGGGAGAAGAUGAGAGGAGGUCACUUAAAUGGUGGGACAUGUUUUGAGAGGAGAAAGACACGUUCAGUACUGCUAACAGGAUUUGCUUCUCCCUGUUGUCCUGGAUCCACAUACAAACAGAAACUGAAUGCAUGUAGACAGCAUGAACAGGUCAUGUGAUCCCUCUGAUCCCCCUACUGUAUUUGUGGAAAGUGGACUGGAGACCAAAAAAAGAAAAGAAAAAGGAACUCUUUCCUUAAUCGACAACCCCUAUACACCCAUCAGUUCAUGUGCCUUCAUCAUGUACAUGUGUAUGCCUGCCUCUGAUGUUUUUGACAUCAUUUUUCAUGGACAUCUUUGAAAUAAACUAUAAA